UGUACUAGUUUACUGAUUGUGCACAACCCCCCGCCUAGUAUAUAAACAACCUCCCCUUUCUCGCUGUCGCGCCCCAACUGAAUACCUCCCUCCCUCUCGUUUCCUCUAGACAUUUUCCACCACCACAUAAUAGUAACAUUUUCGUCAGCGACUAUAUCUAUCUGAAUUCAAUCGAAGAUCGAUUGAUCAAGCUAAAUUUACAGUCCACAACCGAGAUAACACGUUAUCAAAUUCCAAACCAAAACUUCAUUCGCAAUGGGUCCCAAGAAGGCAGACGGAGCUUCCAAGCCCAAGAGCACUCAUGCUUCUUACCAAGACAUGAUCACUGAUGCUAUUGUUCAUCUUAAGGAACGAAAUGGUUCUAGCCGUCAACAACUCAAGAAAUAUGUUAAGGCAAACAACACCAUCAACGUUACAGACAAGAUGUUCGACUCUCUAUUCAACAAGGCCUUGAAGGCUGGUGUUGACAAGGGCAUCUUCGAGCAACCCAAGGGACCUUCUGGUGGUACCAAGCUCUCCAAGAAGUCUAAGCCCGCUGCUACCAAGCCUGCUGCUAAGAAGGAGACCGAGAAAGACGCCCCAAAGAAGGCUGCUCCCAAGAAGGAGACCACUAAGAAGGCUGCGGCACCGAAAAAGGCCGCCGCCCCCAAGAAGGAGGCUACUGAGAAGAAGGCGGCUCCCAAGAAAGUUGCUGCUCCCAAGAAGGCUCCCGCCACUAAGAAAGCCUCCACCAAGAAGGAUGCUCCCGCUGCUGAGGAAAAGCCCGCCGCCUUGACAAAGACUAAGUCUGGCCGAGUCGCCAAGACAGCCUCUAAGCCAGCUACCAAGAAGGCCGCACCGAAGAAGGCUGCAGCGCCGAAGAAAGAAAAGACGCCAAAGAAGGAGGCCAAGGCUGAAGCCGCGGCAUGAGCAUUUGCUUCUUGAUUUGUGUGUUCGGUCUUCGGUUUGUAUGCUGGGGUUCGGCGGUCUACUGGCGUUCAGGAAACAAGGGAACAAAGUGUUACGUGCGCCAUUUUUUACGCGCGGCGAACAGUGGUUUAGGGUCGUGAUUUUGGCAAGGGUUUAGCAGGAACAAUGAAGGGAGGGUGGUAACGGUCUCGGGAGCGUUGCGAGUGUCCGAUAAUACCCUCUACGGUGCAAGUUGCCCAGGCGCAUGUGCAUACUGUACGACCCCUCGCGGAAUCACGAUUUCGGGUUGGAUUGCACAUAUUCCCAGUCAUGGCAUCUGUUAGGAGGGGUUCGGAAACUGACGACAUGAUGAAGUACACUUGUACAUGUAAUUAUACCAAUAACGAAGGGCUUCUGCAUGGCUUAUUUUCCAAGCUGGCUUUUUCUAAUCUUGCUAUUUUCAAU